AUGAGCUCGGAAUCUAGUCAUGAAUUCGACGACCAGUCCUGGGUGGAAGUAGGUAAGAAGGACUAUACUGAGACCCCACCUUCUGAGCCUGAGAAUUUUGUGGACGCUGAAGAGCGAUCUGGGGAAGAGAAUGGCACGCCGUCCCAGACAGGCGACACGGAGCAGAGCAGCAGCAUCGCUGGGUCGACAAUUGAAUCGGACGCCGAGCCUCCAAGCGUGGCUGAGACCCAAAAAGCUGAUGAGCUCACCGACACGCAGCAGGGAGAAGCUGAUGCUGUGAACGGAGCAUCUGAGACCUCCAAGCAGCGAACUUAUGCCUCGUUCUUCCACUGA